UCAAAAUUGUAAACGGUUUAGUUUAGUGGUAAUACUGGAUUGUCGACCCCAUUUCAUGUGAUUACCUAAGAUGUUUUUGGAUAUAUAAGGCACAAUUGUCAUUCACAUCUCAGUACAGAUCAAGUGAUCGUAAGAAAGUUACAAACAUGAAAGUAAUCAUCAUUGCAAGCAUACUAGUCGCAGUGAAUGCUGGGGGCCUCAUUGCACCUCUCGCUCCCGCACCAUUGCUAAGAGGUCAUCUGGCACCCGCUCCAAUUCUAAGGGCCGCUCCUAUUGUUGCCAAAAGCGUCGCCGUUGCGGACGCCGACUUCGAUCCAAAUCCUCAAUACUCCUACCACUAUGAUAUUCAAGACGCCUUAACUGGGGAUUCUAAAAACCACUUCGAAACAAGAAACGGCGAUGCUGUGCAAGGAAGUUACUCGCUGAGCGAAGCAGAUGGUUCCCGUCGUAUUGUCGAAUAUACUGCUGACCCAAUUAAUGGUUUUAACGCCGUUGUGCAUAAAGAGCCAGCUCAGGUGGCUUACGCUGCACCUGUCGCCAAAGUUGCGGCACCGUUGGCGUAUGCUGCACCGAUCGCUAAAGCUCCAUUGCUUCAUGCAAUUCAUUAG